CGGACACGUGGCGGGUACUCAAGACGAAAAACCCGUGGACAAAACAACUCUCCAAGUUAACGAAGCGUCUGAAUGUCGAUUUGUGGACAGUUGUGCAGCCAGCACAAUAGGCGUUCACAAAACGGAUCGCCGUGGAAUCAGGCUAUUUUCUCUUUGAUAUUCUCUGAAAAUAUUUGUCAAGCAAACAGCCUAUGAAUCGCAAACGCUGGCGACAAAGGUUGAUGUAUUAAUGGGCACACAGACACUUCUGGCGCAUCGUCUGCUAGCGCGCGUGUGCUCUACCCCCAAAUUACAGCCCUGGACAUGGAGCGGACCUGAGGAGGAGAUAACUGGAGGGCAGUGCCGGUCUGACUGCUAGGUCCACCGUGUCACAGUCGUGGCUCUGAAUGGCCGUACCGUUAUGAGGUGUCUUCCGUCGGAGGUGCAAUACCAUUGUUGUUCGAGAUUAAUCGAUACUGGGGGUCAUGAAUAUUAAAUAAUAAGCUCACGUGACUUCCAAGACCACGAUAGCACGAGUGGUUGGACGACCGAAAACGGCUUGACACCGGCUAUUAAGAAUUGAGUUCUCGUUGAAAAUUCAAAAUUGUAAUCUAGCGACAAGGAAAAGUCGGAAAAACUUUGAGAUUUGUUUCGGCUAUUUGUGAAGCAGUAUGACAAGCCCUGACGUCUGUUCGCAGCGCUCCGGACAUACUUCCAGCGCGCCGCCGCUCAGUCCGCCCGCCUCCCUCGCCGACAUGAUUAGCAGAAAUAAGUUUCUCGAAGCUGCCAUACCUAAGUGUGCAGGGUGCAGCGAGCCCAUACUGGACAGGUUUAUACUGAAGGUUCUCGACAGAUCGUGGCAUUCUCGCUGUCUCAAGUGCGCCGACUGCCUCGUCCAGCUAGCUGACAAGUGCUUCUCCAAGGGGGACAAAGUUUAUUGCAAAGAAGACUUUUUUAAACGAUUCGGUACGAAGUGUGCUGGUUGUGAGAAGGGGAUCCCGCCAACGGAAGUGGUGCGCCGAGCGCAGGACAACGUGUAUCACUUAGACUGCUUCGCCUGCCUCAUGUGUGCGCGCCAACUUAAUACCGGCGAUGAAUUCUACUUGAUGGAAGACCGGAAGCUGGUGUGUAAAAACGACUACGAGGCAGCAAAAGCAAGAGGAACUUCCGACUACGACAUGGAUCCAUCUAACAAGAGACCUCGCACGACCAUAACGGCCAAACAACUGGAGGCUUUGAAACGCGCGUACAACGAGAGCCCGAAGCCGGCCCGCCACGUGCGAGAACAGCUGUCCGCAGAGACCGGACUGGACAUGCGGGUCGUACAGGUGUGGUUCCAGAACCGCCGCGCCAAGGAGAAGAGACUCAAGAAGGACGCUGGACGGAAUCGGUGGAACCCCUACUUCCGCCAGAUCAAGCGAGAGGGAGACCCAGACAGCUCCCAGAGCGGCGACGACAGGUCCGACGAUGGCUUGACAGACGGCUCGUUUCAAGGGAGUCUGGAUGACCUGGAUGGUCCAGUACAUCCUGGUAGAUUAUCCGGCGACAUCUACGGACCGAGUCAAGUUCUAGAUCACGAGCCACCAAUGGGACAGAUAUCUGUUGGGCCGUCUGCCUCACCUCCUAUAGAUACAUGGGGUCAUUUCAACAGUGGACUACCUUCAGGUGGCCAGUUCAUGGGUCGACAUUCACCCAACGUUCCUGCUACACAUCCACAAAUGCUGUCUCUCGACCCGCUUCCAAUGGGCAACCCACACGUUUCGCGCAUGCUUCCACAAGAUAUGAAUGAAAAUUCUUCAGGGUUCAUUGAUUAUCCACCUGUGUCAAAUCACAAUCAUGUUGAGGUGUACUGAGGUGGUUACAAGGGAAGUUCUAUUACGACAAUAUUGAAAUACGCCCUUACUCGUAUUGCGUGGUGCUGUAUUGAAGGUUGCUGGGUGGAUCUGUAGACUAGUGUUCAGAUCAGACUCCGCAAGCGAACCUAGAUCAUACUUCGGAGGUUCGGCUACCUGUGGCUUGUGAAACCACGAAGGAAGAAUAUCAGCGACCGUGCAGAUUAGCACCACUACUAACACGUGUUGUCAAAGAAACGUGCACUGACAUGUCAGGCUACAGUGUAUGCCAUUUCAACAAAGGGCGGUGAACGUAAAGCCACGAUCUCUAUUCUAGACUGUGUGAUAAGAAACUACACCUUCGUGUACAUGAAUGGUAACGACACGACGAACAUACACGUGUGAAUAAACUGACAUACUAUGACGAAGUACUGGAUUUAUUGUUCCAAUUCUGACUAAUGUAAACGUGUAUCGCGGUGUUACCAGCAUUGGUAUUCUUGUUAACACGAAGGGAUCUCUUUAGACUUAUAGCACUGUGUAGUAAUAGGUGAGACAUGAUGUUAGUAUCCAUGGUUUGUGAAAUUGUCAACAUUCAUCAUUAUUAACAUGCUCCUCUCUACGUGUUCGAAGUAAUCAACUGACUAGAUAGUUCAACACCAAUACAUACACGUAUAGCACUAUCCGCAACCUGUUCUGAAGAUAUCCCCAACAUGAUGAACAUUUGACGGUCAUAAUGGCAGAAACCCCGUUAGUGAUCAGCAGCUGUAUGCUUUACCACUAUCGGGUACACGCGGGCAGUAUCUGGUGUGAUGAUAAACACACCGACAUUCAUAAUACGACUGGCCAAACGUAAACCGGCAUUAAAGUCCUUUAGUGCAAUGUCUUUAGUUGUGUACUUUGAUGAUGUACUAUUUUGAAAAACAAAAUGUAGAAUACAGGUUUCAAAAGCCUACAGAGUAAGCAUAUUGCUGUAUAGAGAAGAAUACAUGAUUGGUACCAUCAGAUCCAUUUACCGUACGGGAUGUUUCAAAAUAUAUAUGUAACGAGCGAAAGCUACUCGAAUAGCUUUUAGACACUAAUUAUAAGAUACAUGUAUAUGGUAUUAAGCGCAUUUUGACAUGGUGUUCUAUUUCUUACAUAUCAUCAAAACGAGGCAGUAUUUUUAGUAAUCGUUCCAGUUGGCGGUUUUGGUUUGACGUGUAGGUUAAACCAAGGGAAACCCAAUGAGAAGUCAUUAAAAUUGUUUCCCAAUUUGUUUGGUAUUUUCGUGUGAUAUUAUCUCACUUGGUUAUGGACGAAUACGAUACUGAACAUAUAUAUAGUUGCUUGUAACAUAAACUCCCUUUCUUGAUUUACAGAGAGGACAAACUCCAACUAUUCUUGACGAAUUGUAUUUAUUGUCGGUGUAUCAUGCCCUGCUUGAUAAUGCAUAUGCUGAGACGUAAUUAUAGAGUUCGCGUCUUUUGCGAGUUUUCGUUUUCAGGGUUGAAUUUAUACUGAAUGAAAAAAUAACAACAAAUAAGCGUAUCCCUCAAUUUAAUGUGUUUGCUUACUAAAUCUGCAUUAAUUAAUAUAUAGUUUAAAUAUUGCACAUGGACAAUCAUAGUUUUUAUGUUUCGAACUACAAAAUAGAAUAGUCAUUCUUUUUUAUUAUUAUUAUCAUAUUAUUAUUAUUAUUAUUAUUAUUAUUAUUAUUAUAUUACUAUCAUUUAUUAUUAUUAUUAUCAUUAUUAUUAUUAUUUUGUGGAUUUCAUGUUAUUGAUAAAUUUGGCUCUAGUCACAAGCAUUUGUGAUCAAAAUGUAUCUGGUGUUGAACAUUUUGAUCAUUAGUAUUAUCAAGGCAGUGGAAAUUUGAAAUAAAUUUAAGAUUUACCCUUUCAUUACUUUUAAACCCGUGCCCUUCUAGUACUAGGCUCUCUGUCCCGCGUUAGUCCGUUCGGCUGGUAUCAUAACUGACUUCUUGCUUGUCCGGUUUACAAGUCUAAUUAAUGCUGUAGAGACAAGCCAGAGUAAUGCUGUAGAAACAGGAUUGUGAACAAUAUAGUUACCUUGAUUCAUUGAUUGCUUUCACCACGUACAACUUGAUGAAACAAACUGAUGUGUGUAGUGUAAUAGGACUUUCCGUUUUCCUCUGAUCUCAUUUCAAGCCAUGUUUCUGAUCAUUAUACGACUGUAGUCAGACUGAAAAUAUUUGUUAAAACAAAGUUGUCAUGUUAUGUUAUGUUAUAUUAUAUAGCUUUUUUUUAUUUACAAGGACAUGCAUCCAUAAAUGCAUUACCAAGUAUUUAUAUUUUACUUUAUGUUCGGUUUUGUGCAAUACAUAAAAAAGUCAUAAAAUACUCAUUGUCAAGUUCAUGGUAUAUUAUUUACGUCAUAUUUUAUUUCAUUUACGUUAUUGUUUUAUUUUUGAGACCUAUGUUUCUGGUGCAAUAUUGAAUGUGCAGUUGUGCAAUAUGUGAAUAAAACAUUCC